GAAGAAAGAAAUACGUAGAACCGUUUGUAAUUACAUUCACAGAAACUUGGAAAUCAAAACAACCAGACAAAACACAGAAAAUAUAAACAAUAAAGGAAGAAAUAUAUAAAAACAAACCAAACACAUAAAGAUAACAAAAACACACCCCAAAAUACCUUCUUUAUCCACAUUUAAAGAUGGGAGGCGCUAAAGUGACAUGCAUAACCCAGACACAAGUGAACGGCGGCUUUUGGUGUUACUAUUACUACUACUAUUACUACUACUAUCUGUGGGUGGUGACAUGGGCUGCGGUGUGGGCGUGUGUGAGGGCGGCGGCGUGGGCUAGGGAGGGAGAAUGCGCGCCCUGCAACACUACAGUGGACGCGGACAACCUUACUUUGCCCUUCGUCGGAUUCAUGUGCCUGGAGGAGGAGGCGCUGCGUCACCCACCCUCCUCCUGCAUUGUGUUCUUCAGCGGUGACUUCAACUUGUCCCUGUACCUCCACCACGUGCCCUCCACCCUUGUGUCCAUCACGCUGUGCACCACCUUUCUCGACUACGACGCCCUGCUGCCGACAGAUGAGGGGGUGUCUGAGGAGCUGGAGAGGCUGGUGUGCCAGGACGUCGAAGGUUUUAUCAGGUACGAGGGCAUGUAUUACCCUAUGUACCUCAACAUCACCACCCUGCCCGUCAACCCCAACCAACCGCCAGGCCCCCACGCCCUCACUGCCCUCCACGCAGCCCCGGACCAGCAGUGGGCGGGCGGCAUCAACUUGACGUAUGAACUGCAGCGCCUCGGGGAUAGAGAGGAGGUGGUGGGAGGACUGGAGUUCGCUCAUGCUGAAGGGUGUAGCUACAACGGUGCCCCGGUGCUGCAGGAGGUGUCCCCGAGGAAGUACAAGUUUGAGUGCCGGUGUGGCCUGAACACCUCUGGGGACCACUGCCAGCUCGGAGGAGGGUGCGGCGGCCGUGGACAAUGCCAGGGACGCGGUAUCUGCAGGUACAUCAGCGGGGAGAGCGUGUGUCAGUGCUUCAAGGAGUACCGUGGGGUGAACUGCCGCCACCACUACACUUCCAUCCCGGCACGAAACUCCUCGUGUCGCGACCUACUGGAUUGCCAUCACCUGUGCCACCUGCAGAUGUUGAACCACGAGGAAGUGCCUUUGUGCUCCUGCCGCGCCGGAUACCGUCUGGUGGACCGAACCCAGUGUGUCUCGCAAGACGAGUGGGACGUGGCGGUGGUGAUUAAGGCAACGCAGCGCGAGAAUGGUGGCAGCGGGACGGAUGAGAGCGAGAGGAGCGCUGCAAAAAGCCACGAGUACACUGAGGAGGAGGCUGUCAACAACACUCUGGAGGUACUGGCGGAGUAUGGAGCGGCGGCCUACAGCAGGAACCUCUCCGUCAGCAGCAGGUCUGGGCGAGUGGAGGCGCUAGUGAAGGUGAGAGGGGCGGCACUGGCUCGGAUGCUCGCCAACACCACCACUUGGCACCAACACUUCCCCUCUGCCACCAACAUCACGGCAGCAGUGGCGCCGCAGCUCUCCAUCGGGCCAGUGGGGGCGCAGUGGCACGUGGGCUACCUGCUGCUGAGGUGUCCCGUGUACGGAGGGCCGAACCUGCGCUUCACCUGGUACAAGGACGGCAACCUGAUACUGGACCACAGCGUCACUAACUGUUCCUACGAGUCCCGAACACCAAGAGUACACAUCCUGACGCAGAGAGGCACGACGGAGAACUCGUGUGAGGAGGUGGUGAGGGUGGAGGAGGCGCGGCAGCAGGACGGGGGUGUCUUCCAGUGCCACGUGCAGGACCGGAGUUACAGAGCCAGUAGAGAGGUUGUGGUGGGCAUGAAUGAGUCAAUGGAGCUUCUAAUGCAGCCUAGCGUGGUGACUGUACAUAGGGGCGAGAACGUGACACUCUCCUGCACCACCAAGAACAGGCAGUGGGCGGAGCUGGAGCACUACCACGCCCACUGGAGCCAGGAGCCCCCUCACGCCUUCGCCGGCAUCACCCACGUCAUCCUGCCCAGACGAGGUUUCUCCAUCACCUUCCACGGGGUCUCGGAGACGAUGAAGGUGAGGUGCACGAUGCAGGAGAAGAAGGGCCUGGUGUGGGACGCAGACCGGGACCUGGAGGGUGUGGAUGAGGCCAGUGUGGAAGGUGAGGUGCACGUGGUCACGCCCGCCACGCCCAUCUGCCCUCAGGAGCACCGUUACGGCGUCCUCUGGCCAUUAACAGCGGUGCGUAAGGCUUGUCCACUACUUCUUUAUGCACGAGGCUACAACUCCCUGGCUGGCAACACUGCGGACGUGGCCAGGACGCUGCUGAGGGCUCUGAAGGAGGAAGAACCAAAUAAGACGUUGCUACCAGGAGAGGGGGCAACUGCUCUGCGGAUUCUGAACUUUCUAGAGGCAGCGAGGAGACGGGAGGAGCAGGAGCAGGAAGUGGAAGAGCAGCAAGAGGAGCAAAAGGAGAGAGAAAGGAAACCAAGACCUCAGACUCCGCUCAAGGUGUUCCUCAGUGUGGUGCAAAUAUUGGUGAAGAAGCGAGGUCUCAUCGUUGGCCAGGACGUUGAGGAAAUGCUGCAACUCGUAAGGGGAAGACUGAGAGCCACAGUUCAAGACGAGGAGGUGACACUGGCGGACCUGAAGGCGAGGACAGCGAGAGUGUCGAAUGUUACCCUCAGCCACGGAGAUCUGCCGACGGAGAUCGAGAAGACGCUGCGACGUUCCUGA